GAAACAGCACGCGCGCCCGGGCGCCGACGCCACUGCCAUUGUCCGGCCUUGCAAGCCACACAAUCGCCACUCAAAGACGCGAGCGCGAGAGCGAGGCGAAGCCGCCCACGCACCAACCUCGCCGCCGCCCCCCCUGGUCUGGCCGGAUUGCCGCGUCCAGCCGUCCAGGCAAGGAACGGAGCGCGAGGAACCCAGCCGGAGCCGGAGGAGGAGAUGAUGGCCGGGGACAGGGUGGCGCCUGUGCCGGCGGUGAUUGUCCGCCUCGCCGCGGUGGGCUUCCUGUUGAUUUUGAUUCUGUGCUCCUCCCCCGCCGCCGUGGUGGUGGUGUCGGCCCGGACGAUCGGGCAGACGUGCGCGCUGGACCGGAACUGCGCCGCCGGCUUGCACUGCGAGACGUGCGUGGCCAACGGCAACGUGCGGCCGCGCUGCACCCGCGUCACCCCCGUCGACCCGCAGACCAAGGCGCGGGACCUGCCGUUCAACCGGUACGCGUGGCUGACGACGCACAACUCGUUCGCGCGGCUGGGGCAGAAGUCGCAGACAGGGGUCGCCAUCGCCACGCCGUGGAACCAGCAGGACACCGUCACCGAGCAGCUCAACAUGUUCUGCAUCUUGGUCAGACGCGAAACUUUGUGUGCGCAGAACGGCGUGAGGGGCCUGAUGCUGGACAUGUACGACUUCCGCAACGACAUCUGGCUCUGCCACUCCUUCGGCGGCAUCUGCCAGAACUUCACCGCAUUCCAACCGGCGGUGAACGUGCUCCGGGAGGUGGAGCGCUUCCUAUCGCGGAACCCGGCCGAGGUGGUCACCAUCUUCGUGGAGGACUACGUGGAGUCGCCCAUGGGCCUCACACGGGUGCUCAACGCCUCGGGCCUCGCCCGCUACAUGUUCCCGGUCUCGCGCAUGCCCAAGAGCGGCGGCGACUGGCCGCUGCUCAGCGACAUGGUCCGCGACAACCACCGCCUCCUCGUCUUCACCUCCAAGUCCGCCAAGGAGGCCGCCGAGGGCAUCGCCUACGAGUGGCGCUACGUCGUCGAGAACCAGUACGGGACCAAGGGGAUGGUGAAGGGGACGUGCCACAACCGCGCCGAGUCGGCCGCCAUGAACGACCUCUCGAGGUCGCUGGUGCUGGUGAACUACUUCAGGGACCUCCCAAACUUCCCGGAGGCGUGCAAGGACAACUCGGCGCCGCUGAUGGACGUGCUCAACGUCUGCCACGCCAAGUCCGGGGACCGGUGGGCAAACUUCAUCGCCGUCGACUUCUACAAGAGGAGCGAUCGCGGCGGCGCGGCGGAGGCCACGGACAAGGCCAACGGCGGCCUGGUCUGCGGCUGCGGGAGCAUCUCGGCUUGCAAUGCCAACGGCACGUGCACUCCCCGGCACGGCAAGACUCCCAAAGGCAUCUUCAACGCCUCAUCCGCCGCCGCGGCGUGGCGGCCGCCGCCGGUGCUGCAAUGGCAGCGGCUCGUCCUGCUACCUGCUCUCCUCGCUGUUCUUCUGGGCCAGUAAUUUCUCCACGUUUUGUUUGCUGUACAGAAGCCAGGGAGCAGCUUAGUCCACAUUAGUCUCUGUAUGAUACGGUUGCAUACAAAGUAAACACACAGUGAUGGUGAAAGAUGCGCUUGGCAAUUGCACAUUAGUCUCUGUAUGAUACGAUGCAUUUAGCAAUUGAUUUGAUUUGAAACUCUUCA